AUGUUCAUCAUUAUAAGGAAGUUCAUAGCCAAUCUUCCUCAAGAACGAGGUGGAAUUUACUGUUUCCGCGCCUAUGACCCGCCAAUAUUUCCACAUAAUCUUUUAGUUAGAAAGGAAGAACGUUCACA